ACUGAGACCUGCAAACAUCAACACCACUGCUUUUUAUCGGGGUUUUACUAUUGAUUUAACGCCAGAAAACAGCCUGGAGGACACUGGAGGGGAGAAGCUGACAAGGUUGGUAGAUCUGGAUCCAGAGCCAGAGCCCAGAAUGGAGGGAGGGGGCCAGGCAGGACCCACCUCAGGAAGAGACCGCGGCGGCCUCUCGCGGAUCCGCAGUUCCUCACUAGAAAUCAGAGAAAAAGAAAUCAGAGAAAAGGGCUCGGAGAUCCUCCGGGAACAGCUGGAUGCUGCAAAGAAGGAACUGAAACUUAAAGACAAGGAGUGUGAGCGUCUGUCGCAGGUCAGGAAUCAACUGGAACAAGAGCUAGAGGAGCUGACCGCCAGUCUGUUUGAGGAAGCUCAUAAGAUGGUUCGUGAAGCUAACGUCAAACAAGCAGCAGCAGAGAAACAGCUGAAGGAGGCUCAGGGGAAGAUCGAUGUCCUGCAAGCAGAGGUGACGGCUCUUAAGACUCUGGUGUUGACGUCCACGCCUUCUUCACCGAACCGCCAGCUGCAUCCACAGCUGCAGUCUCCGGGCACCAGGGGAGCGUACAAACAUAUGGGUCACGUCCGCAACAAGAGCGCGAGCGGUGGCUUUCCAUCCUCACCUGAACCCUCCUCAGUUUCCAUACAGCCUGCGGCCAAAGAGGACCGAGAGAUGGACUCAGUUCUUUACGCAGAGUUUCUGAUGUGGAAGGAACAUCCGAGUCUGGACCACUCCUCUGCCUUCCUGAGUCGGAUCCACAGAGAAGAUAUCGGACCCUGCCUCUCCUUCACAAGAUCUGAGCUGUCCCAGCUGGUGCAGAGUGCUGUGGAAAACAACUCUCUGACUAUCGAGCCUGUGGCCAUGUCAGCAUUACCGAUGGUUAAAGCCUCAGCCAUCGAGUGCGGAGGCCCUAAAAAAUGUGCAUUAAGCGGCAUGUCGCGGCUCUGCAGGCAUCGCAUUAAACUUGGAGACAAGGGGAGCUACUACUACAUCUCUCCUUCCAGCCGAGCACGGAUCACAGCUGCUUGCAAUUUUUUUACGUAUAUCCGCUACAUCCAGCAGGGCCUGGUGAGACAUGAUGCGGAGCAGAUGUUCUGGGAGGUGAUGCGUCUCCGCAGAGAAAUGACCGUGGCCAAGUUAGGUUUCUACUUCACUGACCAGGGCUAGAGGACCCGACAGGACACUGAAACACGCAACAGGACAGACAGCAUGUUCCCAGGACCUCACUUACUCAGACGUCCGAGUAACAAACAGGUCUUGGAUCAGUUUUUGUAGCAGAGGGUGUACAGCGUGAGUGCUGCAGCAGAGGUCAAUCAACAAGGGAAGCAGAAAAUAAUUAACUGCCACUUUUGAAUUUGCAAUUUAAUUAGAUUCAAACCAAUACUGCAGGAAAGAAGGAACAGACGGGCUGUUCUUCCCAAAAUUGUAAAACAUAAGUUUCUGUUAUACUGCGGAAGAGUAACCACUGUCCUCCAGAUAUUCUCUUUGCAACUGUGGAGAAAUGUUUCAGUUUUUAAUCUUGCGGGCGCUGAACCUCCCCGGUGGAGUACACACACACACACACACACACGACUUCUUAUGCUAAAACAACAGAUCGUAUAUAUCAUGUUUCAGGCAGUUGAAAAGAUGAACACAGGAUGAACACAACCUGCAGAGUUUAGUUGGUCUCUUACCUCAAGUGUUACAUACUUAUAUAAGUAAGUAUAUAUGUAAUAGUUUAUAUUGUGAGAUAAUAAUCUGUAUAGAUCUCACUGAACAGUGAUCUAUUUCUUAUGCAUAUCUUACAACCACAGCAAAGACAGUUUGUCUCCGCAUGGCCUUAAUUUUUGUCGAUGCACUCUUGCACUACCUGUUCUUAGAUGCCUUGUAUUAAAAAAAGAGA